GGGCUGCUCCCAGCCCGGGACUCUCCUUCUCCGAGGAGACGCCGAGCCCUGGGGAGGACCCGGUCUCCGGCUGUUGGGGCGAGGAAAGGCGGGCGGGGAGCCGGCCCCGGUCCCGCUCUUGGGAGUUUGCCGCAGCGCGCCGGUUCCGGGACCGCAGCCCGCCUUGCCGCGUCCUGGCUGGAGCACGCUUUCUUUCCGCUGGUGCCCAGGGCAACCGGGCCGGGACGCGCAGUCCCUUGUGCCGUUCGCUGGUGUGCAAGUGGCCUCUGCGCGAAGGGUGUCGCAGCUGGCGCGACCGCCAAGUCCCGCACUUGUCGGUGACGUUUUGCAUCUCCGUGCCAUUUCCCCCAGCUCCCCGCCCUGUGCGACAGGAGAGUCUAGACUCAGAAGAAAUCUGAAGUGUAGUUGUUGAGCAUUUCAAAGACGACGUUUACAGCGUCUUUACAAGUGCACGGGAUAGUUUUUUUAGUUUUAGUUUGUUCGUUUUGGUAUUUUUGUUUAUAUUUUUACAUCGAUCCUUUGAAUAUCAUAGACAGUUUUGAGAGUUGUUCUUUGAGCCACUUGCUCAAAGUUCUAUAUUAUCGUAUCUUGAAACUUUGUUAUAUUCUAUUUUAUUCUUGAUAGCCAACGCUCUGUAACUUUUGUUACAAAUUCCUACAGGCAAAAGCUAUGUACCUCAUUUUACUGGGUUCACCUUCCCGAGAUUUGCUACCAACUUGACUCUUAUUUUUAUGAUCUCUUAAGCUAUUUUGUAGUGACAGUAGUUACCAGUUUUUAUGUCCAGAGGUCUGGUGUAAAAAGAAAGGAUGGUUGAUACUUUUGGAAAACAGCCUAUAUGAUUAGACAAAAUCUGUGAGAGUGCCUUCUCUGAGUAUUUGCAAUGCAGAUUCAAGCUUCAGUUUUAUGUCAGAUUCUUUGAGAUUUGUCUUAAUAGCUCGUUAAAUUCGCAAAACCAUAGAACGGAUCACAUUGUAAUAAUGCAGGAAGAAUAGCUGCCUCAGUUCCCAAAUAAUUGGUUAAAUUCUUCCAAGCAUUUAACAGUAACUAUUGUGCACUUAAGUUUAGUGCAACUGAUAACCCAGAACCUAAUAAUUAAAGUGAAGGAACCUGAUGAUUAAGUAGGAAGAAUAUCCUUUUAACAAGAACAGAGCACAUGGGAAGAGCUGGAUCUUGAGGACUGCUGAUUAAACAGCACAGAAGCACAAGAGGAAAAACACCCACAGCAAACCCAGCCCACUGUAAAUGUAAGCUUUAACUAUCUCUUGAGAUCAUCGCUUCAUUUAUAGGCUGUGUGACCAUGCUUCUUCACUGCUUGGAUUGGUAGGCUUCAAAAUACUUGUUUUGUAGCAAAAAAAGAAAUUUAGUGAAGAUAGUGGCAGAAGACUAGCAUUGGAAUAAUGGCAACAGGAGACCUAAAUGGAAGUUUAAGAAAAAUAGAGCAAGGACUUCGCUUGUUAAAUUAUCCGAGAGAUGUGGAUUAUACAGUGUUAGUAAAGGGCGACCCAGCUGCAUUUUUACCUAUCAUCAGCUAUUGUUUUACAUCUUUUUCAACUUGCAUAGCAGAGCUUUUGGUAAAGUGUGAUGUAGAACUGACAGCCAAGAGUGACUUGCGUUUUAUCGAAGCUGUUUAUAAGUUUCUUCGAGAUCAAUUUCAGUAUAAACCGAUUUUAACAAAAGAGCAGUUUCUUCAGUUUGGCUUUGCGGAAAGAAAAAUGCAAAUAGUUUGUGACAUUAUCAACUGUGUGGUGAAGAAACAUAAGGAGUUGAGUAACUCUAAUAAGGUUAAAUCCCAAAUGAGGAAAAAAGUCAAACCUUUAAAAUUUGAAGUGUGGUCAAAUUGUGGUAAAGGUCUUGCUGAUCCUAGUGGCAGUGCUCUGAAUUCCAAACAGAAGCCUCUAGUUGAGCGGCACUCAGGAAGUGAAGUUAGUGGUGACCUUCGUCCACUUCCCCUUCCAGCACAGGGAGGGAUUGAGGAAGAAUUGUGCCUAGAUCAUGAUAUUGUGGAAGUUAAAUGUGAACAAGUCAUAGAAGAAAAUUCACAAAUUGAGUUUUUAAAGAAUCAGCUUGCAGAUUUCCAGGAAAAGCUUCAUAAACUAGAUUGGAUGGAAGAUAAGCUACAAGUUUUGGAAGAGAAACUGCAAGGAAAGGUGAUCAUAGAUGAGAAGGACUGGAAUAACUUAUUGAAUCGAGUUUUGCUCCUUGAAACAGAACUGUUGUUACAAUCCAAAAAGAGAGACUUACCUAAAGAGUUCAGCAAUAUAAAUCGAGAAAGUACUUCUAGUAGCAUUCCAGUUUCUCAUGAUGCAGAGAGGAAUGAGGAGAUGCCAGAGAGUCAUCUUCAGCCGUCUGGAUGCAGUUCUCUGUUAUCCACAGACCAAUCUCCCAAAGACAUGACCAUUAAUUCUCAUGAUCUGACAGACAUUUCAAAGGAGACAAUAAGACAAAGAAUGGAAAAGAUAAGUAAAAUAAUUGAAGAAACCUUCAACUUGUUCAAAACACCAAGCCCACCUCUGGGAUUACCUGAAAGCACAGGUCUUCAGACCUGGUCUCUGCAGACUUAUGGAUACCAGAAAUAAUAUGUAUGUUUGUACAGCAUAAAAUUCUUAAUAUAUCAAAUUUGUAGUGAUCACCAGUGCUUUCAUUGCUUUGAAUAAAUAUUUUGCUCAUG